AAUAGUACCAUUCAUUGCUCCUCAUGUCAAAAUCCCCUUUUUCCCCUCCUCCCACCAAAAAGUUCCCACCUUUCUCCCUGACCCACCCCCAUUUGCUCUGUUUUUGCCUCCCCUACUCUGCCUGGCCUCACUAGAUACUGAAGAACAUUGAGGAAGAUCGAAGGAGGGGUGAAGAGAUGAGCAGCAGAAGGAGAUUUCCUUCAGCAAAAGCAAUUGCAGCAGCUGCAUCGUCGGAGAAGCCGAGAAGCAAGAAGCCCAAGUACCUGUCGCUAAAGCUCCAGCUGAACCAAAACCCGACCCUAAAGGAGCUAGCUUUGGAAUCCAAACACGCUACCCAGAACAAGAAGAAGAAGAAAACGAAAAUGGGUUCGCCUGCGGAAGAAACACAUCAUCAGCUGAACCUCUUCCCUCUUUACCCAGAAGCUGAAAACCCCAAUGUCAGCGGCGGCGAGGAAGAUCAGCAGCGGCGCAUUCGGGAGGAAAUUCAUCAGGCGGAUGAUCACGUGGCGAUUCUGUUGGAAACAGACGCCGCCGACACUUCAACGUCCCUCCACGGUCUCCUCGACAGCACUACUACUACGACGACGUCGGAGGAAGACCCAAUUUCUCCAAAUUACUCGAUUUUCCCCGGAGCGGUUCAGGGGUUCGGCGAAGCGGCGCCGUUUGAUCAGUGGCUGGUACGGGCGGCGAUGCGGUCCAGGGAGAGGGACGCGAGCGAGGAGCGGUGGGUGAGCUACUGUGAAGUGGUGGAGGAGAGUCAGCCGAAGAAGAAGAAGGCGACAAAGAGGAAGAGAUUCGAGCAAGAUGAGGUGAAUAGCGGCGCCGGCGGCGAUUUCUUGGUUCCAUCUGGAUUUGUUCCCGCCGACGCAGCUGAUUUUGAUCCGUUGGGAAUGGUGCUGAUGGAGCAGCAGAGGGAGAGUAAUGGGUUGUCGGCGGUGGUGGGAUUGAAGCUUGAUUAUCAGGAGAUCUUGGAUGCUUGGUCCGAUAAAGGAUCUCUAUACAUCGACGGCGGCGAGCCGCCGCCGCAGACCGUCCCUGAUUUGCAUGAUUCUCCUCCUUCCAGCGGCUCUGUGGAGUGUGGUGGGAAUGUGGGCAACCUAUGGAGAGUGCCUGACAUGGGGAGCAUGGAAAUGGAGGAGAAUGGAGGUGAAAAAGAAUGGAAGCUUGGGCAGAGAGAAGCUAGUGUUUUGAGGUACAAGGAGAAGAGGCAGAACAGGCUCUUCUCUAAGCGGAUUCGGUAUGAGGUUAGGAAGCUCAAUGCUGAGAAACGGCCCCGAUUGAAGGGUCGAUUUGUGAAGCGAAUUGGUGAGUGAUAGGAGUAGCAUCGAUCAACUCAAACUACUCUUGGGCAUCUUUCAGAAUGUGUGAUGAUGAAGAAGAGCACCUGGUAGACAUAUCCUUCGUACAGUUUUUGUUCUAGCAAUGCCACAAAUUUGGUAUGUAGAAAUGAAAGAUUACUACAUAGGUUUUGUAGAAGAAAGCUCCUGAGCCAGCUAACAGUGUUCUGCAGAAAAAUGCAGUUUGUAGAAUAAAGAACACCAUGGCCAGAGUGUUUCAGAGUUUAGCCAUCAAACUGUAAAUCGGUCUGUUUCAGUUGCUGAGGCUUUUUUCUUUUUUAACUGAACCCUGCUGGAGUUAGCAAAGGGGCAGUUGAUGAGUCUUUGGUUUUUAUCUUGGCAGCAGGAUGAGUCUUGUUUGUAUAUCAGCAGCACAUGGAAUUUUCAAUCCAAUGUGUAUGGUCUGUAUGCAGAACUCCUUAUGCUUCUAAUGUCUAAUAUUAAUAUUGAUCGAGGAACCCGAAUCUUUGUGAGUCCUUGAAUACCCUCUA